GACACCUAUUGGCAGUGCGGAGGUACUACAAGUAAAAUCAGCUUCCUAUACACACAGAAUGACGCGUUUUUGUAUCCGUACACCCACUUACCUCAACUACAACCUUCCGGAAUAAAGUCAAAGACAUUCGUGUGUUUAAAUAAACAAAAACGUUCAUUCAGUUGUUGACAGUUUUUUUACACAUUCCGGAGCAUGCGCACUGACGCUCUGUGAAAUUCGCUGUUCGCCGUGAUUAUCGUUUACCGGUAGUUAAUCUCUGUAGGGAUACGUAGUGUACCGGAGCCGUUAUGGCGGCGGUGAGUCGUGCGGGACCAUGAGGUGUCCGUAUUAAUCGUUAUUCUGGUAUUGGAGUGUGUAAAGAGACUGUGACCAUGGCUGGUGUUUUUGAUAUCGACCUGGACCCGCCGGAGGACAACGUGUCAGACGAGGAGCUCGCCGACGGGGCCAAGAGUAAUGAAUGCCUGGACCAGUGCAGUGGCUUUGAAUUUUUGGAAGACUGUGAGAAGUUCGAAAUCUCAGAGAAUAUUGUGAAUCAAGGCACAGAGCAGAUUCGUCCAGAAUGUUUUGAGUUGCUUUGUGUUUUGGGUAAAGGAGGAUAUGGAAAGGUUUUUCAAGUUCGCAAGGUAACUGGGGCAGAUUCUGGGAAGAUAUUUGCCAUGAAGGUCUUGAAAAAGGCCAUGAUUGUUCGCAAUGCAAAGGACACUGCUCAUACUAAAGCAGAAAGGAGCAUCCUAGAGGAAGUUAAGCAUCCCUUCAUUGUGGACCUCAUAUACGCCUUUCAGACAGGAGGCAAACUUUACCUCAUCCUGGAGUACCUAAGCGGUGGAGAGCUGUUCAUGCAGCUGGAGAGGGAGGGGAUCUUUUUGGAGGACACAGCCUGCUUUUACCUGGCAGAGAUUUCCAUGGCCUUGGGUCACCUUCAUCAGAAAGGCAUUAUCUACAGAGAUCUGAAGCCAGAGAACAUCAUGCUCCGUAACAAUGGUCAUGUGAAGUUGACAGACUUUGGACUCUGUAAGGAGUCGAUCCACGAUGGUACCGUCACACACACCUUCUGUGGAACCAUAGAGUACAUGGCACCAGAAAUCCUCAUGAGAAGCGGCCAUAACCGAGCUGUGGAUUGGUGGAGUCUGGGAGCCCUGAUGUAUGAUAUGCUAACAGGAGCUGCGCCAUUCACCGCAGAGAAUCGGAAAAAAACCAUAGACAAAAUCCUAAAGGGCAAACUGAACCUUCCACCUUACCUCACCCAAGAAGCACGGGACCUUCUGAAAAAGCUGCUGAGAAGAAAUGCAUCAACGAGGAUGGGAGCAGGUCCUAGAGAUGCAUUAGAUGUCCAGGGCCACUCCUUCUUCAGACACAUGAACUGGGAUGAUCUACUGGCUUUUAAAGUUGAACCUCCCUUUAAGCCUUUUUUGCAAUCAGCAGAUGAUGUUAGCCAGUUUGACUCCAAGUUCACUAGUCAGACUCCAGUGGACAGUCCCGACGACUCGACACUCAGCGAAAGCGCCAACCAAGUCUUCCUGGGCUUUACAUACAUAGCUCCAUCUGUGCUCGAAAACAUCAACGAGAAGUUCACUUUUGAGCCAAAAUCCCGUUCACCUCGCAAGCUUCUGGGAAGCCCAAGAACACCAGUUAGCCCUAUGAAGGCUGAAGGGGAAGACGGUUGGUCUCGGGGUCCACCCUUCCCAGAAGUGCCCACAACCACCUCCUCUCUCCUGCCGCCCACUGAUACGCCCAUGGAGGCGUCUAAUGUGGAGCAGAUGGACAUUAGCAGCAACAUGGAGGUGUCAGCCCCUCUCCCCAUCAAAAAACCACUGGGAUCCAACACGGGGUCCUUCAUGAAACCAGCUCACCCAGCGGGCGGCAGGAGACCCAAGAAUCGGAGGAUGAAUCAUUGAUGAACGUCUUAAUUUUUGUACUUCAGAAAUUUAUCAAAUGACCCAAAAGGCCUUUCUGCACCCAGUUUCUGUCACUUAAACACUUGUCCUCUCUCUACUUGCACCAUGGUGAGGUGGUCUGCUGCUUGCUAUGAAAAAGAGAGACCACCUUGCACUUUAGGCGACUCUGAGCAUGAAUUUCACAGUUUAUCUUUUAUAUGCCAUGCUCAUGCAAAACGUGAGGGAGAAUUCAUUGUAUCUUCUGCUGUAUAUUUGAAGUUUGGUCUGAGAAACUGAGUUUGAGUCACUUAUUGUGUUUUGCUUGACUAUGAUG